AGAGCGCGGAACACGCCUGCCUCCCCCCCCUGCCCGCGGCGGGGUGGUGUGGCCCGCCCUGAGGAGGGCGGGGACCGGCGUGCAGCGCCUCCCUGCUCAGUGACACACACACCCGGUGCGGGGAGGCGGCGGCGGCUGCUCGGGAAGCGGGCGGGCGUCGUAGCGGCGGCGGCUGAGAGCCCGAGCCCCGAGCAUGGCAGGGGCCGAAGCCGCUGCGGAGGCUGCCGAUGGUUUCCUCGUUUCGCCGGCUUCUCCCGCCCGCCGGGAACUUUCUGCAGCGGUCUGUGGCGGUGCCUUCCCGCGGUGGUGGUGGUGGUGGCAGCGGCGGCGGCAGCAACACCGGCGGCGGCUCCGCUCGGCGGUGCCUCCCGGGCCGGGGCUGGGGCUGCUGGGGCUGGUUUUCUCUCGCUUCUGCUGCAGUGCCUUAGCUGGACCAAUUGUUGAUCCACAUGUGACAGCAGUUUGGGGGAAGAAGGUUGCACUGAAAUGCAUUAUUGAUGUAAACGAAACAAUAGCACAAGUUUCCUGGGAGAAGAUACAUGGGAAAAGUUCACAGACUAUUGCUGUUCAUCAUCCUGAAUACGGAAUAUCUGUUCAAGGAGAAUACCAAGGAAGAGUGUCGUUUAAAAACUAUUCACUUACUGAUGCAACUAUCAUCUUAAAAAACGUAAGCUUUUCUGAUGCAGGAGAGUAUAUUUGCAAGGCAGUUACAUUCCCACUUGGAAAUACCCAGUCAUCAACAACUGUAACAGUACUAGUUGAACCUGUUGUGAGCUUAACGAAAGGACCAAACCCUCUAAUAGAUGGUGCAAAUAGGACAGUAGCAGCCACUUGUACAGCAGCCACUGGAAAACCUGCUGCAGAGAUUGACUGGGAAGGAGGUCUUGGUGAAAUGGAAUCCAGCUCUACGUUGUUUCCAAAUGAAACGGUGACAGUUGUCAGUCAGUACAUGAUUGUCCCUACACGAUUUGCAAGAGGAAGACGUAUAACUUGUGUGGUGAGGCACCCUGCUUUGGAAAAGGAAAUAAGAUACCCGCAAGUGUUGGACAUACAGUAUGCCCCAGAAGUUUCAGUAACUGGCUAUGAUGGAAACUGGUUCAUUGGGAGAGAGAAUGUUCAGCUCAGAUGUAAUGCCGAUGCAAACCCAUUACCUAUGGAAUUUAUGUGGACCAGGUUGGAUGGACAAUGGCCUGAGGGAUUGCUAACUGUUAACAAUACUCUGCAGUUCAGCAGCCCGUUGUCUUACAACUACAGUGGGACUUAUAUCUGUAAGGUGACUAAUGCCCUUGGUCAAAGAAGUGAUCAGAAGACCAUCUACAUAUUAGAUGUGCCAUUUAAGCAGACCUCUUCUGUUGCUGUAGCAGGGGCUGUGAUUGGAGCAGUCCUUGCUCUUUUUAUCAUUACCAUCUUUGUGACAGUGCUGCUGACCCCAAGGAAAAAAAGACCAUCUUACCUUGACAAAGUGAUUGAUCUUCCACCCACUCACAAACCAUCUUCAAAUGAGGAAAGAGCAUUCUCUGUACCACAGAAAGAAGCCAUGCUUCAGAAUGAAAGUUUUGCUUUGCAAAGCCAGUACAGAGAAAAGGAUACUGUAAACUUUCAUCACAUGAACAUUGUGAAUGGAAGACAACUUACUUGUGAGGCUGAAGAGCCACAGGAAGAAGAAGGCAUUCAGCAUAUGUAUCCUGUUUAUCAGCAAACAUACUACAAAAGUUGGAGCAGCACGUACCCGGAUAACUCAGGACCUGGAAGAGUCUACAUCAAUCCAAGGGAGCACUAUGUAUGAUUCUGUACCCAGAUGUCUUCAACUGUUAAGAUACGAGGAGUUUAUUACCUGUUGACAUUAAGCCCAAUGUGUCUUGUAGGCUUUCAUCUCUGAAAUAAGUCUUUUUGGGUUUUUUUUUCCUGUGGGAGCACAUUGCAUGGAGAAUUUUAUAUAGAUAAACCCUAUGGAAUUUGAAACUUUACUUGCUUCUAGCCUUAUAGUUUUAUCAGCCUGACAAAAGAGGAGAGCCAUUUAGCUUUAUUAACCUUUAUAGUCAUAAGAUGUAUAAACUUGAUGAAUUGGUUGACACAGGCCAAAAUGUAGUUAAGCUGUUUCCCUGGUUAUUUUUGGGAGCAUUCUCUCUCUGAAUGGAUACUUUACACUAACCUAUGUAAAACUAUGUAUAAGUAAGUAAAUAUGAGCAAGACAGCUGAAUCCCUCAUGAUAUAAUCACUCUCAGCUGAGUAAUUUUUUCACAUCUUAGAAAAGUUGGGAUAAUUGUCAUUUUGACUGGCAUUAGCUAUUGAUUUCUCAACUAGCUCUACCUCUCCCAGUCAAAUGAGCAACUAGACUACCUCUCAAAUACUUUGUUUCAUAGCAGAAGCUGUGUGUCUUCCCACCUUGUUAAAAGUGAAGCAGUUUCCUUACAUCAGAAACUAUUCUGUUUUAUAUUGAUCCUGGCGGUUAUUUGAAGUUACUUGUUGGCUGUAGUUGCAUAGUAGCUCUUGUGUGAAACUUAGCUGUAGGAAGUAGAUGACUAGACAGACCAAACUUCCUAAGAGAGUCUUAGGUAUAGCUGCAUCUUGCCUAUAAAUUGCUGUUCAGCUGUUUUUCCUGUAUUAAAUCUUGGUUACUCCCAUAGUAACUUAAAGUGUUACUCCCUUAUUACAUCUUGCAGACUUGGUAAUAAAUACACUUGACAUUCUUUGGUUUCUUCUCAGUUGCAGUAAAAGGGCCUGUGAUGUGUUCUUACAUCUUAGCAAGAAAAGGAAAACUUGAGUAGACUGUGAGUAGUUUUCAACACUGUCUUUUAAUCUUAACCAGCAGUGUGCAGUAACUGGAGAAUGGCCUGGUGUUACCAGUGCUAACAUUAUCCCAUGUGAACUUCUGAGUAUGGAGUGAUGGUUGAAAAUAGUGCUCAGGGUCUGUUUGUAAAAACAAAGUUUUCCUUUGGAGCAAAAAGUAAACGUUUAAUAAAUAAAAUAAUAUGUAUUCUGAAAUGAGCUUUACAGGACAAUCUUAAAGUUUUUUAAGACACCAGGAAACAAGACACUGACUAAAAUUUGCUUGAGAAACUGAAAUGGCUUGUGUGUUCUAUACACACUAGUACAGAAUAAUGAUUUUCAGUCAGAUGAUCUGCAGAAAUGUUGAGAAGAAUGGCUAUGUCACGCUCAACUAGCUAUUGUUACAUUAUUAAACAUUACUUCUGUGAUAUUAGGGUUUUCUCUGAGGAUGCUGGAAUGUUCAGAGAGAAGAGUCACAGUUGCAGAAGCAAUAGAAUUGAAAGCCAGUAUAGUUAAGUGUGCUACAGGCAGGAUGCCAUUUUAACCUG